GUCGGCACCACCGCAAUCAAUGGAGCGUUAACGCCUCCGACGAUGGCAAACAGCUCACAGAUGGCCGGCGUAGUUGGUGGAGUUGGUGGUGUGCAGUCGCCUUCCUCCUUGUACGAAGUGAUCUCCGAUGAGGCAUUGCGACAGGUAAGCGAAUGUGGUCGAACCACACACUAUUUAUCAAUGAUUGGAUCAAUAUGA